AUGGAAGUUUUGACGUCGGCAGGGGCUGCUCGAGUGCAGGCGCUGCGGGUGGAGACGAGGAUGGCGGAGGUGAUGCGUUUGACAUUGGAGCCCGAGGAUUCGUUCGCGUUCCUCGCCAGCGAAGGCGAGGCCGCCUCGGGCCCCGCCCUGGCCGUCUUCGGCGAGGCCGCCCAGGACCGCCUCAUCCGCAUCGACCCCAUCAAGGGCGCCAUCGACUCCGUGCCCUGCGCGGCCCCCGCGGGCGGCCCCAGCGCCUCCUCCGACCCGGGCCCCGCGGGCGCCCCGCGGCUGCGCCGCCCCGCCUUUGCGGAGCCCGCGGACCUGGCCACCGUGUCCGCGCGGGACCUGUCGGCGGGGAAGUGCCACGUGCCCGGCUGCACGAGGCGCGAGUCCAAGAAGGAGCGCAAGGGGCGCCACGCCGCCGCCGCCGCCGCGGCCAGCACCGCCGAGGCGCCCGCGGAUGGGCUCGAGGACAAGCCCGCCGUAGACGGCCACCGUGAGCAGCCGCCUCCGCCCGCUCCCCUCAUAGGCAGCCCAGCGUGCGCCCCGCUCUGCACGCGCAUCUUCUCGCACGCGUCGGGCACCGGCGCGCUCAAACACGAGGCGGACGCGAAGCCAAAGGCGGACGCGAAGCCGAAGGCGGAAGCGAAGCCGAAGGCGGACGCCAAGGCGAAGCCCAAGGCCGACGCGAAGGGCGGCGGCUACCCAGCGGCGGGAGGCGGCGCGGCCAAGCCGGACGGCAAGAAGGGCGGCAGCUCCAGCAGCGAGAAGAAGCAACUGCAGCGGCUUGAGAGGGAGGCGGCGGAGGCCGCCAGGAGGAUGGAGCGGGACGCGAUGAUGAACCCGCCGUCGUCUGGCGGCGAGGACGAUGAGGAAGACGCAGGAGCACCCGCUGGCAACGACAAAGGCGGCCAGCGCCAGGGUGGCCCCUCGCGAGCCGCGAAGGAGCUGCAGCGGGAGCGGGCGAAGAAGGACGCCGAGGACCGGGCGCAGGAGCAGGGCGCGCCGCCCGCGGAGGGGGGGGCCCCGCUGCGGCGGGGCGUCGGCGGAGCGCGCGGUGCCCCGCCCGACGGCCCGCGGCGGCGGGCCGUCGGCGACGCAGGCCGUGGGCCGCGCCCGUGGUGA